GAUAUACACUCCGAUUUCUGUGUCAUUUCUUCCGGCACAUAUGUUGCCGCCAAGGAUGCCUCUGCUCAGGUCGUGUGGCUCUACCUAUCGAACUUAUAUUUCGUCCGAAUGUUAGCGCGUUUGGCGCGUUGUAUCCGGUCACGGCCUUCAGUGUCUGCUGUUUCUCAACUCGCCGUGGCUAUUGCAAACUUCUUCUCCACCAACAUCACACAAACGGCAAUGAAAUCGCUGCCAGUCCAGGAACAACAGCAAUUUCCUUCAGUUUCGGCUCGUCGUGCGCAUUAUGGGGAGAUUACCUAACGAGUUGUACGGGAUGACUUAUGCCGGUGUGGCUCUGCGCACGUUCGGCCAUCGGCGUGGGAUACUCGGGACUAUUUGUCUGUCGCCUGGAACACAUACUACCACGCGCCCAAAGAGUUUUGAGUCUAACUUGUGCACGCUGCGCCUCGUUCACAAAGGCUUCCGUGUGCCAGCGACAAAGUAUCUCCUCAGCCAUGGCUUCUUCUCAUUCGACUCGAUCUACCUGGGCAGCACGGGCAUGAAGAAGCGAAUCCGAGCUUUGAGUCGUCACGAUAUACAUGGCGCAGCGGCUGCGUUGGCCGGAAGAAUCGAAUACUGCAUGAGCAAUGCAGAUCAAGAAGUUAUGGCUCGCACCUCCGACCUCCGGAUGGAUCUCGACCUACUCAACCGCCAUCUUCAGCUGCUAGACCAGCGGCGAUCCGAUGGCAGCAGUGCCACGCUCGGACAGAUCACGGACGGAGAACAAGUUGCCACAGAUCAACUCGCAACUCCUCUCACCGCGCGGUUCAAGUCGGUCACGGCCUUGGAAGUGCGCAACGACCGUCCUCAAGUCUCUCGUAUCUAUGGCAACGACCGGCCAGCCCUGGCCCUGCGAGGGUUGCGUUGCCGACUUUACGAGACAGGUCCUUACUGGACUAGAGGACCUCUACAUCCGGGGCGAGGCAGCUGCCAAGCAGUGCUCUCAGAUUCGACGCCUGGUUCUUUCUUGCGGGGCUGACUAUUCACAAAUGAUCUGAGUGUCCUCGCCGAGCUGGAGAACAUUACCAAACUCGGUAUCAGCAGCUGUUUUCCUGGGCCGUUGAGGUUGCACCCUCAGCACCAGGGGCUGACGCGGCUGCGCCUGGACGAUCUCUGGGUAUCGUCAGCAGAUCUCAUCAACAUGUUGUUAAGAGGCCCUAGCCGUGCCCAAGGCAACGACA